GGGUAGUUGGUUGGGUUUGUGGCGCGGGUGAGAAGCGAGGUGAGGUAGAGGGCGGCGGUUAGACAGAGGAGGAAGAUGGAGUGGUGGAGGAUGGUUUUGUUGGCCAUCUGGCGUUGUUGGGUGAUGCUGGAGGCGAUGAGGUUGAGGGAGGCGAGUUUGUCGUGGGGGGAGGUGGUGAGGGUUGUUGUUAGGGUGGGGAGGGGGGAUGUGGAAGGGGAAGUGGAAGAGGAGGACAUGGUGGAUGGUGGUGAUUUAGUUGAUUUGGUUGGAUGGGGGGUUGAUGAGAGAUUGAUUGAGAUGUUUGAUUGAAAGUUUUGUGAUGAAAGUGUGGUGGAGUGGUUGAUGGAAGAAUUGAGGUGAGUUGAAAUAGACUAUUUCGGCUCCUGAACA